AUGAUCACUUGCAGGAAGGACUUCUACGAUGUCCUGCAAGUCCCCAAGGGAGCCUCAGACUCGCUCAUCAAACGGUCCUACCGAAAAUUAGCUCUGCAAUACCAUCCAGACAAGGUGAAGGGAACGGAGGAGGAGAAGACAGCCGCUGCCAAGAAAUUUGCAGAGAUUAGUUACGCGUAUGAGGUGCUGUCGGACGACGAGAAGAGGCGGAUUUAUGACCGCUAUGGGGAGGAGGGCCUCAAGCAGCGAGAUCAGGGCGGCGGCGGCGGCGGCGCUGCAGACAUCUUCUCACAAUUCUUUGGGGGAGGCUUCCCGGGCUUUGGAGGGUUUGGGGGAAUGGGCGAGGAGGAGGAGCAGACCCCCAAGGGAGAUGAUGUGAGGGUGGACCUGGAGGUCACCCUCAAGGACCUCUACCUGGGCCACCAGUUCAAGGUGAUGCGCGACAAGCCAGUGGCAAAGCCGGCGCCUGGCAAGCGCAAGUGCAACUGCCGCAACAAGGUGGUAACGCGCCAGCUGGGGCCCGGCAUGUUCCAGCAAUUCCAGCAGCAGGAGUGCCAGGAGUGCCAGAACAUCAAGUUUGAGCGCGAGACGGAGACGCUCACCAUCUCCGUGGAGUCAGGCAUGCGCGACGGCCAGGAGAUUGUAUUCUUUGAGGAGGGCGAGCCGCUGCUGGAUGGAGAGCCGGGAGACCUCAGAUUCAUAGUCAGGACGCUGCCCCACAAGCGCUUUGAGCGCGAGGGCCAUGACCUGAAGUACAACCUCACCAUCUCCCUAGUUGACGCGCUGACCGGCUUUACAACAGAGUUUGAGCAUCUGGACGGGCACAAGGUGAAGGUGGACUCGGCAGGGGUGACAAUACCAGGGCAGGUGUUCAAAUUAAAGGGGGAGGGAAUGCCCCUGUUCGACCACCCCAACAAGGCGGGGGACCUGUAUGCCACCAUCACAGUGGCGUUCCCUGCCAAGCUCUCAGAAUCCCAAAAGGACGCCGUCAGAAACGUGUUCAAGGGCACUCAUGACGAGCUCUGAGGUGCAGAUCUGGUGUAGACUCAGGUCUAGACUCAAUUUGCUUACACAGUUCAAGCAGGGCUCUGCAAGACUUGACGCUGGAAUAGAAUGUGCGGUGAACUGGGCUGUUCUGCUAAAUUGUGGGCUAAACAGCCGCUGUUUGCAUUGACAUGAUCAGAUCAGCUCUGCAUAUAAAUUGGAUGAGCAGUUCUGCUUGGGCAACUGGCAAUAUUGUCAAGGCCAGCAGGGCAGCAAUCUGGGGCUCAGAAAGAGCCAGCCGGGUAUGCUUCUUUGCCUGCACGAUUGCUUGGCAAUUUGUCCCAGCAGCAAGCUGAAGAUCCCCUCUCUGGUUGUAAAUUCUUGAAAUG